AUGAAGGUGUUUGUGGCCACGUUCGUAUGGUGGGCGGCAACGACAACACUAAGCUUCGUGGAGACGGCGUACGCGUAUGAAGUCGAAAUCACGACCGGGUUCCAUGCCGGCGUCCACAUGAUGGCGGGGCAUUCGACGGGCCUAUGGGCACGCUUGCGCGGGCCUUCUCGCCUAUCAAUGGGCGGUUCUGGUUCCACCUGGAUGCAGCUGCCGCGGAAGGAGGCGCUGCGGGGGCAGGAGGUGCUCAACGCCGCGAGCUACCCCUCCGACGUCGUCGAGCCGGCCAAGAAAUUCCACGCAGGCGUCAAAACCCUAAUCCUCUGCAGCGGGGAGGUCGACCACCUCACGAACGUCAUCAACACGCUCUCGAUCGCUCGCCGGCCCGGGUGUCGACCUGGACAUCUUCUUGAAGGUGCUCCAGGUCGAUGUGGCCAUGCCAUGGACGUGGACGGUGCUGUUGUGCCCGCCUGGUGCGCGCAUUACGUGGACUAG